CUUCCCGACAAGCUUUCGGGACAAGCGUUCUUGCUGUGUCCCGCUGGGCCUCUGGAGGCCAGCCGUGGUGCUAGUGCGUGGGGCGGGCCUCUUUCUGAUUUGGCUCGUCGAAAAAGCAGUGGGAGUCCCAGAGAGCAGCUGCCUGAGGAGAGCUCAGGGGGGAGGAGGAUCCCGUUUUCCUAGGCCCUGAGCAGUCCACUCUGGGUGGAUUCCCUCAGACAUCUGGCAGCUCGACAUCACCAAGGAGGCUAGCCAUCCAAGCGGAUCCUCCAGAGAGGUUGUCACCUGCCCAACCAGAGGACUCUUCUUUGAUGGGAAGGAUAGCUUUUCCUGAGAACUCUUUGUUGGCAGUUUGGCACAGGUGGUAAAUUAAGGUAGGAUCUAGAUCUGCUUGGGUGUCAGCUAUAUUUCUUACCAACACUGGAACUGAAGAGGGAGAAGAAAAUUUUAUUGAAUUUUGGUGCAGGUCUGUCUCCAGUGGUGGCCUUGGAUUGACAGAAGAUCAUCACUCUACAGGUCUGCUGUCAGAUAACAUCAUCCUCCCUCAACCUGACUAUGCCCUCUGAUCUGUCCAUAACAUUGAUAGAGUCAGUGUGUUUAGAAAAGGGACUGCGUAACUGCUAAACUGUCAACUGACACCUAAUUCUUGCUAACAAAUUCGUCUGAUCCAGUAAAAGUAUAAAGACACUGACCUAGGAUACACUGAGAAGCUCAGCACUGAACAACUAUAUAGAACUGGGCUUCAACCAUGACUGGGACAAAGAAUAAGAGCAGAGUACAUGCCAAAAUUGUGAAAAGGGCAAGUGUACAAAGUAAAGCUGGAGAAGAGAAGGAAGCUACUGGUGUAGUCAAACCAGGAGCCAAGAAUGGGGCCAAAGUCAAAGUCAAGGCAAAACCUAAAGCAGAUGCAGUGAGAGAGAUGAAAACAGUGUCUAAGAAUAAAGUUGUUACUGAUAUGAAGGAAAGAGCCUGGUCAGAGCCUAAGGCUACAGUGAAAACCAUAGCAGAUUUCAGGUGCAAGAAUGAGAGCGAGGCUACUAGUUCCAUAAGUAAAGAUAAGGCUAGUACUGAUACAUGGUUCUGGGCUGGGGAAGAGGCUAGUAUCAAUUCCUGGUUCUGGAAGGGAGAAGAGGCGGGGAAUCGUUCCAGUGCUAAGGAUGAAAAUAAAGCUAAUACUGGUAUCCAGAGUCGUGUUGAGGAGUUGGAGCCUGUGGCCAGGCCCAGCUGCAGGUCUAGGUCAGGCGCUGAGGAUGAAGAGGAAGAAGAGAAUGUUAUUGGGAAUUGGUUUUGGGAAGGAGAUGAUUCCAGUUAUGAUCCUAAUCCUCAACCUGUGUUCAGGAUAAUAAAGCCUCAGCCAGUGGAUGAAAUUAAUGAAAAAAAUAGGCCCAAGGACUGGUCUGAGGUAACAAUCUGGCCCAAAGCCCCUGCUGUAACUCCUGCAGUUUUGGGAUUUAGAUCCCAGGUGCCAUCUGAGACAAGGCUGUCUUCAUAUAUUGUUCUGUCCUCAGCUGAGGAAAAUAAUCGUUCUUUGCCUGGUACAGCAGCCUGUUCUUCUAAGGGAACUCGUUCCACUUCACAGCCUAUCCCUGAGUAUCCAUUUGGUUCUGACCCUUGCAUCCAGACCUUGGAUGAAAUUAGACACCAAAUUAAGACCAGGGAAGUGAAUGGAACUAAGCCAUUUGCUUGCCGUUGCAAAAUGGAAUGCUACCUGGGUUCUGGGGAAUUUGAAAAACUUGUUUAUAUACUUAAGACAACUACUGAUCCUCUCAUUCAUAAGAUAGCACAGAUUGCAAUGGGUAUCUAUAAGGUUCAUUCAUUUGCCCAAGAAUUCAUCAAUGAAGUGGGUGUAGUGACACUGAUUGAAAGCUUGCUCAGUUUUCCAUCCUCUGAGGUGAGAAAAAAGGCUGUAAUUACUCGAAAGUCUCCUUUUGGAGAUGAAAGACAACAUAGGGUUGAAUUACAUGUUAAGCAUGUGUGCCAGGAAACCAUAUCUUUCCCUUUGAACUCACCUGGACAGCAAUCUGGAUUAAAGAUACUAGGACAACUGACUACUGAUUAUCUCCAUCACUACAUUGUUGUCAGUUACUAUUCAGAACUUUUUCAUUUGUUGUCUCAGGGAAAUCAUAAAACUAGAAAUCUUGUUUUAAAAGUACUCUUGAAUAUGUCUGAAAAUUCAGCUGCAGCCAGAGACAUGAUCAAUAUGAAGGCUUUGGCAGCAUUCAAACUUAUUUUUAACCCAGAAGAGGCAAAAUCCAAUCUUGUUAGUGCCGUGGCCAUAUUUAUUAACAUAAAGGAACAUAUUCGAAAGGGCUCAAUUGUAGUUGUUGAUCACUUGAGUUACAAUAUGCUUACAGCUAUUUUCUGUGAAGUUAAAGGGAUUAUUGAAGCAAUGUAAAAUGAGGUAGAAAUGAAAGAAAACUGGAGAUGCCAAACAUUAAACUUUACAUCUUUUAACACAGUAUUAUCUGUUACAGGAUGUACCUUGAAGCUAGAAAUGAAUAUUAAGUCUUGAUAUGAAAAUGUUUGUAGAUUUUUAUCUUGUCUAGAGUAGCAGAUUUUUGAUAUUGUACUUAAGAAAUAGCAGACCAGUUCAUUAUAAGUAGGCUAGCUUGAUCUUUAGUGUCUGUUUAGAUCCAUUUAUAGCUUUAAAUGGCAAAAAGAAGAUACUGAUUUGAAUUCUAGUUAUAGAAAUAAGACAUAUACAUAAAGAUAACCAAUAAUACCUACAGUGUGUGUGCGUGUGUGUGUGUGUGUGUGUGUGUGCAUGUGUGUACAUAUGUUUGUUGCCAGUGUGUCCUCACAUUACAUAAAGGAGACAGGGUUUAUUAUAAGCAGUUUGUUGUAAGAGAGAUUUCUAUUUUCCUCCUAUUACAUCUGCAGUAGAUAGUUAUUCUCUAACAUAGAAUUAUCCCUUAAUCUCAGAUAAAAUACAGAGUUUACUUUUUAUUCUGAAACUACAUUUAUAACUCUUAAAUUUUAGGCAUAUUUCAUUUAUGUCAAUCCUCUCCUAAUCUGUCAGACUGCUGUCACCAUAUUUACAAAUUUUUUCCUUUCACAGUUGCUUGUGUGUUGUAUUUUUCAAUUCUUAUUAGCAUACAUUAGCUAUACAAAGGAUUAUUGCACUCAUAUUUUAAAUUGUUACAUUUCCACAGGUACUUAGUUAAAAGGUAUCUUUUAACAAGAAUUAGAGGAAUUGAAUACUUUUUCCUAGAUUUCCACAGCUGACAAGUGGCAUAGCUGCUGUGUGUGUAUGCCUGUGAGUGUGUGUGAGUGAAAGAGAGAGAGGAGAGAGACAGGAGAGAGAGAAGAGAGAGAGUGUGUGUUAUACAGAGGCUUGAACUCUGGGCCUGGGUGCUGUUACUAAACUUUUUAGCUUAAGAGUAGUGCUCUACCGCUUGAGCCACAGCUCCACUUACAGUUUUUUGCUGGUUAUUUGGAUAAAAGAGUCUCAUGGACUCAAAGACAGCCUGGUUGGCUCAUAUUUCAGCCUCCUGAGUAGGAGUACAGAUGUGAACCACUAUUGCCCAGCUGGCAUAGCUGUUUUACCUGACACCAGAACCACUCUAAUACACCACCCUGAUGUCCUUCAUAUUUUUGGUUGAUUGCAUUCAAAGCUCAGAGACUGUUUGGUUAUAAUAGUUUAAUUUUGCAAUGGAUAAUGUCCUUGGCAGGCAUUAUAGUUCUUACCAUCUUUCCAAUCCAUUUGUCCAUCAGGCAUUUACCUAUAUCUGUCUAGAGGUAUGAGAAAAGUCAGAGAUGAAUGUGUAUAUUUUACACAUCAUCUGAUAGAUGGUAAAAGAAAGUAAAACUUGAUAUGCAACCUUCCUAUCUUCUUCUGUCCAUAUGGAAUUUACCCUCAGAGAACUAGAAUCCUGUACAUUUUUUUCAUGCUCUGUAUUGAAAGAAUAAUAGUUCCUUACAAAAUCACACCUCAGUUUUUUAAACCAUUGUCCUGUAUGUUAUCUGAAAGGCCAAAGGGCUCAGAAAAACCCAGUUUCUGCAUUUCUACAAGCCAAAAUUGAGAUUAAACUGGAGAAAUUGAGAAUAAACUGAAUACAUUUAAAAAAGAACUGCAGCUUCAGCAAAGAACAAGAAAGCCAGGAGAAAGGCUAUGAUCUUAACCUACGUAAGGUAGUGAUUCCUGGAAGUUAUGGCUCAGAAAGCAUCUCAGAACUUUUGGGCUGUUUGAGUUCUCUGAGACUCAUAGUAGAAAUUACAAACCUUAUGAGAUAGGGAGAAAGUCUUUAUAUGUUGAGAUGUUGCAGUUAUGGAACUAAAAUGAGAUUAUACUGUAAAUACUCAUAAUUUUUCCUCCACUGACUAUAUUGUGAACAUAUUUCUAUGUCAACAAAUAUGCUUCUAUAAAAUAUUUUAAUUACUUCAUGAUUUUACUGUGUAAAAUUUUACAGUUGGUAUAAGGUGUUAAAGUUUUUCAUUGGAUGCUCUUUUGAUGUGAUAUAUGUGCAAAUUUAUUUAUUUGCAGAAUUAAGGAGUGUAGAAUUCACCAUCUUACCUUUUCCCCUUAAAAGUUAUCUUUACAAUUUAGUGCUAUACAGAUC